UACUUUAAUGAAGACACUUGUGUUGUGACGGGGUUUCUGGUGUACUUUGCUACCAUGUGCAGUAUAAAUUCCCUGUGUUCGCUUGCGGUGACACGAUUUAUUAUCGUUUGUAAGCCGGAGUACGAGUAUUACAUUCGUGGGAAACGUUUAUUGUGGUGGGUAUUCGGGAUAUUCGUAUAUGCCCUGUUUUGGACAGGUGCGCCGCUAGUUGGAUGGAGUAGCUAUGGGCACGAACCUUUCCAAACCUCGUGUACACUCAACUGGUAUGGGACCACAGUUUCUGACAUCACAUACAACUCACUGUGUAUUGUCUUCUGUUAUUGUGUACCGGUGGCUAUUUUCGCAUUCUGUUACUACAACGUUUUAAGGACGAGCCUUUUCAGGACAAGACCAGUACAAUGGCGUUUGGAAAGACCAAAUAUUGACAAAAUUAUUGAGGAAAUGUCAAGGAACUCAAAACUAAGGGCAUCACGACACAUGACAUGGAUAUGCUUAGCAAUGGUUGUUUCAUUUUUGAUAAUCUGGACACCGUACACGAUUGUUACACUUUGGAACCUUGUUGCCAAACCAGUUCCGUCAAAUGUCCAGGUCCUGCCAACGAUGUUUGCUAAAUUAAACUGCGUCAUGAACCCGAUUUUAUAUAGCGCAUUCUGUGACCGAUUCCGAGAUGCGAUGCAUCGUAUCUGGCCGUUUAAGCAAAAGGUAUUUCCGGCACAGCCUAGAGCAGGAGGUAUUGGACAAUCAGAUAUUACAGUAACAGUUUUUGAAAGAGCAAGGAAUCAAACAAAUGACAAUGAUCAUAAAAAUGAAAUUCGUAAAAAUUCAGAAGGAAUGGAAAUGGAGACAUUUGAGAAAAAUGCAGACAAAUGUGUGGACAAUGACCAUGAUAAAAUAGAUAAUGAAUAUGAAAGUGCUGACAACAAGAAUGGUGAUGUCGUUCUACCAAGGAUAAUAAACAUCAUUCAAAUAAAUGAAAACAUUGAAAAUAGCGAAAUCCAUGCUUCAACUAGCAGAGUUAAAGAUACUUACGAAUCAUGA